AUGAGAUACUCAAUUGUCACGGUAGUGUCUCUGAUCUCUCUUGGAGAGUCUCUCGGCAUUUCCCUUCCCCCUCUCAUUCCCACUAUCCCUGGGGUGACAGAGCCUUUGACUUCUAAUGCCCCUCCACUGCCAGUGUUGCAGGUUCCCACACCUCCACUAGAGAGCCCUCCGUUUACUCCCAGUAACAUUAGACCUAAAAAAAUUGGUUAUUUCUGGACUGGCGCUGGUGAUAAAUUUCACAAGGAUUUCCUGGCUACCUAUAGUCUUGACGAUGACACCUUUGGUACUCUUCUCUGGGUCACCGAUGUUCCCUCUAGUGGAAAUGACCCUCAUCACCUGGGUCCAUCUCUGGACGGAAAGACACUUUUUGGUGGAGGACUGCUCUCCCUGCUGAAAACCCAAGAUACGGGCUUCUACUUUGACACCUCGAAUCCCUAUCGCCCCAAGUUCAAAAAAAGCAAUCGCGCAAUUCUGUCCUCCAUUGCGGAUGAAGUUCGUGCUAAGCCUGAUGGUGGCUUCUUCAUUACAUACAUGGGCUCCGCGCUGGGUACUUCUCCAGGACGGCUUAUUGAGACAGACGAGAAUUUUGAUAUCAUCCAUGAAUGGCCCGAGGAUGUGGACGGCACUCUCAACAUUCUCGGUGAACAGUUUUCUCCUCAUGGUCUGAGUAUUGAUUGGAAGCGGAAGGUCAUUUUAACUAGUGAUUUUGUCGUACCGUUGAGCAUCUUGAAACCUAGCUUGGGCGUUGUGCAUGCCAAUACUCUUCGGUUGUGGGAUCUGGAUUCACGACGAAUUAUCAGCACCCUCACCAUUCCCAAUGUUGGUCUUCCUCCUCCUGUUGGAGGUGGAAUCCAAGAUGUGAAGUUUAUCCCAGGCCACCCCGAAGGUGCUGCUCUCGCCACUGCUGUCCAUCUCGGACAAGUUUGGGUCAUCUAUCCCCACCGAAAAGAUGGAAAUGGCAACCAAGGUGUCAUUGAAGAGCUAUAUGAUCUUGGACCUAAGGCUCGGGAUACCGUCGCCAUCUACACCGAUAUUAGCCAAGACGGUCGCUUCUUUUAUCUCACUCUGACAACCGCAAAUCACAUUGCAGCUCUCGAUAUCAGUGAUCUCAAAAACGUCAAGCGACUUGAUGAUCCAGAUGAGGACCAACCUACAGUUGGACCUCACUAUGUCAAAGUUACUCCGGAUCAGAAACAUCUGGUUGUGACAGACUACUUUGUACAGACUGGCGAAAUCGGAAUCAUCAAUACCCCAGCUGACUUCAAAGUACUGUACAUCGACAUCAACGAUGACGGAAGCCUAAGCUUCAACCGCUCUAUCGACUUUAGCAAAGAGUUCGCCAAUCGUGGCGGCGCUAAGCCUCACUCUAGUGUUAUCUUUGAUCUUUCGGAUCCCGAUCAUCCGCACUACUACUAA